ACUUCCGGAGCGCGGUGACGUCGCGAGAGUUCCUCACGCGAACACGCGGUAGGGUUGUAGGCCGGAGGGCGGAGUGGAGUGACAAUUGCUAGGCAGAGAGCUCAGGGGAGAAAGACCUAGGAAAGGAUCAGGACUGGCGGGAGGUAUUUAACAGAAAGGAAUCUCUGCCCUACUCCUGUGACCAAACCAGAUGCCUUCUACUUCACCAGACCAAGGAGAUGACCUGGAGGCCUGUGUUUUAAGAUUUUCUGACCUGGAUUUAAAAGAUAUAAGUCUUACUAAUCCCAGCAGCUGUCUCAAAGCAGAGCUAGAUGGCAGUACAAAGAAGAAAUACUCAUUUGCAAAGAAAAAGGCCUUUGCCCUUUUUGUCAAAACCAAAGAAAUUCCAGCAAAAAGGAAUUUUGAAUGUAAAGAAAAAUGGUGGAAAUGCUGUCAGCAAUCAUUCACAGACCAGACCAGCAUCCAUAGACAUGUGGCAACACAACAUGCUGAUGAAAUUUAUGCACAGACUGCUUCUAUUUUAAAGCAGCUGGCUGCAGCAUUGAGUACCUCAAAGAGUCUUAUGUCUGCAGACCAAAAGAACCCUGGGAAAGAGUGCCUUAUGCAUAGCCAUGAAAUGUCUGCUUGGCUCCCUGAUAUAAGCUGCUUUAGCCCUGAUGAGCUGAUAAGUGGCCAGGGCAGUGAUGGAGGGGAGGUGCUACUGUAUUACUGCUACUGUGACCUGGAGGAUCCCCAGUGGAUGUGUGCCUGGCAGACAGCUCUGUGUCGGCAUCUGCACCUCACAGGCAAGGUUCGAGUCGCUACAGAAGGAAUCAAUGGGACAGUUGGUGGAAGCAAACUGGCUACCAGACUCUACGUGGAAGUCAUGCUUUCUUGCCCAUUGUUUAAGGAUUAUCUGUGUAAGGAUGAUUUUAAGACCAGCAAAGGAGGAGCUCACUGUUUUCCAGAAUUGCGUGUUGGUGUAUUUGAAGAAAUCGUGCCCAUGGGGAUCAGCCCCAGUAAGAUCUCCUACAAGAAGCCUGGAAUUCAUUUAUCCCCAGGUGAAUUUCAUAAAGAAGUAGAAAAGUUUUUAUCGCAGGCAGAUCAAGAACAAAGUGAUACUAUCCUUCUGGAUUGCAGAAACUUCUAUGAAAGCAAAAUAGGACGAUUCCAGGGCUGCUUAGCCCCCGACAUCAGGAAAUUCAGUUACUUCCCUAGCUACGUUGACAAAAAUCUAGAACUUUUCAGAGAGAAGAGAGUGCUGAUGUACUGCACUGGGGGCAUCCGUUGUGAGCGGGGUUCAGCCUACCUCAAAGCCAAGGGAGUGUGCAAGGAAGUGUUCCAGCUCAAGGGUGGCAUCCACAAGUACCUGGAAGAGUUUCCUGAUGGCUUUUACAAAGGGAAGUUGUUUGUUUUUGAUGAGCGUUAUGCCCUGACCUACAACAGUGAUGUGGUGUCAGAAUGUUCAUACUGUGGAGCCCAGUGGGACCAGUAUAAACUCUGCUCAACUCCCCAGUGCCGCCAGCUCGUUUUGACCUGCCCUGCCUGUCAAGGACAAGGAUUCACAGCCUGUUGUGUCACAUGUCAAGACAAAGGGAGCAGGAAGGCUUCAGGCCCUACCCAGGACAGCUUUAAAGAGGAAUGUGAAUGUACAGCCCGGCGGCCGCGCAUACCGAGGGAGCUCUCACGGCAGCUGGGCCUCCCUGGGAGCCCAGAGCCGGAGUCUGCUGGCAGUGAGGAUGGGCCGUGGCUGGUGUGAGCAGCACGUUCGGCAUUCCCCGAGCCUUCAGUAACAGUAGGUUUGGGGUGACUACAUGUAGAAGAAUGUCAAGGCUGCAGAAACAGAGAAAUCAGAACUUUUGUGCUGGCCCAUGCCACUGUGGCAUACUGGUCACUUUAUUGGCCACCUGUACUUCACAGGGGGAAGGGACAGCGAGUUGAAUGUUGACCACUUACCUGCAACAUUCUGAUUAAGAAGAUGCUAGAGCACAGAAAACAAGUAAGCUAUGUGGGACCGCAGAGGCGCAGAGAAAGAGAGCCUUGAGCCUGGUGACCAGGACAUGCCCUUUCCCUGCCAUGCAGCAGGACUGUAAGUAGUCCUUGUCAGCCAAACUGUCUUUCCUGAUGGCAAACAUGUAAAAGCUGUGGCCCUGGAGAGGCCCUGUAAACCAGGCCUCUUAGGUCAUCUGGCAUCUACCCCUGCCUCUGUCUGUUCCCCGACAGCCUGAGGGGAUCUGUCGGCUGUGGCAUUUGGCCCAGCUCCUGCUUUUGUAGAUACGGUCAUCCUUUGGUGUACAUGGGGGAUGGUUCCAGGACACCCAAGUACACCAAAAUCCGUGCACCCUCAAGUCCCACAGUAGGCCCUGCAGAACUUGUGUAUGCAAAAAGUUAGCCAUUCAUAUACGCAGGUUUUGCAUCCUGUGAAUACUGUAUUUUGAAUCCAUGUUUGGUUAAAAAA